AUGGGUAAACGAAAGUUCAGUGGAGAUAAAGAAGUAUCACCUAAAAAGAGUAAGUUUAAGGAAGACAGUGACGAACUUGAAGAACCACCAUCGGAAGAAAUUACCCAAAAUGAAACCAGAACACCGUCAAAUCGCCAUGGAUUCGACGUGAAACACUUUCGGAAAGAAUUAUCUACUAAACAAGGGCAGACUAUGGUUCUGACACAAUUUCUACAAGUGUGCCUAAACCCGGACAAUGAAGUUGAUUUCUUACUGGAGUACCUCAAAACCGGCGGUAAUUCACACGAGAUUCUUCGACAAAUAGGAGACAACAAGAAGAAUCUAACACUGGCCACACCCGCAUUCCACAUCUUCCACCUGAUUAUCCUGAAGGUCCAAUCUUCCCUACCUCACAUGAUUGCAGUUACUGAGGAAGCUUGUCGUUACUUUUUGAAUACAUUUAUGCCAACAGUGGAAAUCAUGAUUAGUGAAAACUCUGGUCCACGUCACAGGAAAAUAAUCCUCAAACUUCUGACUUCCAUUGUUACAUUAAACUUUGAUUUAGGGAUAGAAGUUUUAAAUCAGGCUCCAUUAACUCCAAAACACUUGCAGUAUAUUGUGGAAAAGUCAAAUUAUAAAGAAAAAGAUAAUGUUAGAACAGCAUUUGUUCACUUCAUGACUUCAUUCCUUGUAGAUGGACACUUACCUUUAAUGAAAGCUUUGUUGGAAAAGCAAGGAUUAUUGUCCCUUGUCAUACCUGGUUUAGUUUUUGAUGAGGCUGAAGCCGUAUUGAUGUUUUUGAAUAUUUUAAAGAAAAAUGUAAUUGAAAACAGUUUCAUAUCUAAAAGUGUGAAGCUCAAAACUUUCAGUCAUCAAGUGCUGCACAAUUUGUUCAAAUUGUUCUCUUGGAAAGGUCCUCCUAAAGUGGGGCAUGAGGGGAUAAAUGAGUCAAAAUCAGAAAUCAUUGGUCUCUUAACAGAAAUUAUACUCAUACUUUUCACAUCACAUAAAUUAGGCCUUUAUUUUACUGACAGUACUUUGGGCGUAGCAGAUAGUAACAAAAAUCAAAACUUAUACAAAGCUUUGCUAACAUUAAAAAGACCUUGGGAAAAUGAACAUGAGUUAGAUGUCAUCCUGCAGAUUGUUUACAAAUGCCCAGAUUUACACAGAGCUAUAAUAAACAUUAUUGAGCAAAGUUUUGAGCCACAACACUCUCCUCUUUGGGAGCGUACUACAGGUUUUGUUUUGAAGUUGUUAGAAAAGUUUCAACCGGAAGAGAUGAUUCCAAGAAUGAGUAAAUUGUCUUCUAUCCAAGCUGCAAAUUUUGCCAGAUUCACAACAUUACCCGUGCCAUUGUUGAAAUUUAUUAAUGAUAAGUUGGGAAAAGAUCACACCGUCUCUCUGUAUUGUAUUAGAGUGUUGGUAAAAAUGUUGCAAACAUUGAGAAGAUACAUGCAGAUUAUAGAGAUGAAUGAUACACAUCAGGUUUCAGAUUUAAAGAACAAAUUGGAUUAUUUUGUACCCAAACAUUUGCCAGCUCCAUCCAUUGUAGUAUCAUUAAUUAACAAUGUUCUGGAUGGUAAAAUAAGUACACAAUCUACACAAGAUUAUAGACUUCCAGAAAUCAAUAACACAGAAGGUCUAAUUUUACUGGUGGAUUUACUAUUGCUGUACAGUGAUAUCCAUCCUGCAUUCUUUGAAACUCUAGAAGGAAAUUUGGAUAUGAAGAAACUUCUGGAUUUUUCAGCAACUCUUUCAGAAGGACUGGUACCUCUUUUGAAAUUUAAAAUUGUUUCUCUAUGGCUUACAUUGGAUAGCUCUGCAAUAUCUCUGAAAAAUUCAAUGUUUAAGGACCUGUUUCUCAUAAUGUUGGAAGUUUAUACAAGUGAUGAUGAUACAACAUGGAUAGAAGCUAAGGAUACUUUACUCAAAUUUUUCAAAAAUACUUCCAUUUUUGAAGCCGAUGAUGACGAGAUUCAUAUUAUCUUGUACACAUUAAGGAACUCUAAAGUCAACCCAUCAAGUAUUAUUGCAGAUAUUGUCGAGUAUGUUUUGGCAAAUAUUAAAGACCUAUCUGAAUAUGUUAGACAACAGAUUGUACACUUUGAAAUUGCUGAUGAGAAUACCCAGGCGAAUUUGGAUAAAUUGUUUAACAAUUUGAUGUCGAAUCGCAAUAUAGCUGAAUCAGUUUUCUUAGAAAACAAAGUACCUUCACCUUUUAUUGUAGGAUGUAUGCAGUUUGUGCACAAUAAUAAAGAUGCAAAAAAAAAUUUGAAGCACUUUCUUUCUCUGUUCAUUGCUAAUUUACUUCAUUGGAACUAUUCUCCUGAACUUACAGAAGUGUUAAUAGGGGAUUCUAAAUUAGACAUCAGAAGUUAUGUAGGUGGAUGGGUUGGACAGCCAGUUCCUUUGCCUGAAGCCAUUACACACGACAAUGCAUUAAAAAGUAUAUCGAAAUCUCUGAUUGAGAAUGUAGAAGCACCCUUAGAGAACAUUUUUGACUGUCUAGAAGUUGUAUCUGAAGAAGACAGCGACAUUAUGUUGGGAGAUUAUUAUUACAAAAUAAAUGUUUCCAAGAGCAUUGAUAGUUCAGAGUUGCUGGUUUGGUCCAAGUAUCUAAUAUUUUGCUUAGUCAGACUGACAAACAUAAACCAAUUGACGGAAGAGAGACAUAAGAAAAUAUCGAAGUAUUUUAAAUGUAUUAUUGCUAUUGGAAAGAAACAGCACAUGAUAGACGUAUGUCGAUCAAUAAUUUUGGCUUUGUUUAAAAAUCCACACGUUUUGAAAAUCUAUAGACCUUUGGAUUUUAAUAAAGAGGAGUCUUAUAUUCGUGCAACCAAGUUUCUCUUGUGGGUUAUUACAGAUUAUGGAGAUAUUGUUAAUUAUUUAAGUAGAAAAGAUAAAUUACUGAAAUCUUACCAACAAAAGAAUUACAGUGAAAUCGUGAACGCGUUUGUCAAGAUAAGUAAAAGAAAGAAUAUUAAUAGUACUCAUACUAUUCAAGUUUUGGAAACUGUAGGACUUAGUAAUGAAGAUGAUUCAAAUGUGUUUGGUCAAAUAUUUGAAGCAGGAAUUGAUUCUUGUGUAAAUGACAAAGAACCAAGUCUUGUAUUGGAGAUACUACGGGUCUUGAUGGAUAAAUAUUCGAAAACGAUUUCGUUAGAAUUACAUUCCAAACUAUGGAAGAAAACUUUAAAACUUUACUCAGAUUUGCUCACGAAUAAAGAUUUCGUCGUAAAUUUGGAGAAUGUAGAGAAAUCUUUCAUACAAUACUUAGAAAAUAAACCUCAGCGAAUAAUUACUGUGGGUGAAGAUAUUUUCAAAUCAUUUUUCGAGGCAAGCACAAUACGUAAAUCUACAUACCAAUUAGCUGCUCUUUUAAUGACACACAACAUAAAACUUUGCACCAUUUUCAAAGAGCAGAUAUCUAAACCAGAAAUACUAAGCCAACGGGAACUAACAUUACCUUUAGGCAACGCUAUUAUAAAUCACAACCAUUUUCUAACAGAAAACAAAGAAUUUUUACAUACAAUUUUCAAUGAGUACAAAUCAAAUAUUAUCAAAUUCUUGGAGAAACCACAUAAAGCUGGACAAAUUUACAUUACUUGCUGGAAAUUUAUAAGAAAAUUAAUUCUCGAGUGCAUGGAACCUCAGGAAUGUGAAAAAUUGUUCACCAAAAUUCAUAAGUUUGAAGUUGUCGAAUUAAGUCAUAUACAUCUUCUACAAACCGUAUUUGUUAAAACAUGCCUCGUUGAAAAAAUACAUAAAAAGGAAUAUUUUAUGAACUAUAUGUUGUCUAUGUUAAAUUUGACGACAGCAGCCCUAAAAGAGAAUAAAGAAGUACACGUAAUAAAGGACAUUGUAACCACUAUUUACAGUGUAACACAAAUAUCAAAAUAUGUAAAAGGACUUAAUAUGGAACAGAAGGAAGAAUUUCAGCACGUUACAGAAAGCGCAGCGUGGCAGAACUUUUGUAAAGCUAUUUUGAAAGACUCGUUAAAAAUUAGGACUGCCGAUCACGAUAACACUUGCGGACCUCAUUUGCUAUAUUUGCUCAAAACUUUGGUGCAGUUAUUCUACAAAACAGAUCACGAAGAUAUUGUGAUGCUGUUCGAAAUGGUAACAUCACAUUCUGAGUUCUUAAAUGUGAUGCUGAGCCACCACAGUUCGGAUAUAAAGUCCAGAUUGAUUGAAUUCCUCUUUAUUCUAAUGAAUUCAAACAAAUCUGUCAUGAAGAUUCAACAUGUUCCAGUCUACUUGAGCGCAUAUCACGCUACUCGAAGUCCUUGCGAUAGAAUGUUGCUGAACAUUCUUCAUUACUACGAAAGUAAUGGGUUACCUGUGAAUGAAUAUAAACCUUAUGUCUGGGGUGAUUCGGCUGCUAAUCAUUAUGCCGUUCGCAAGAACAGAACCUCCUCGCUUUGGGCUCAUCCUACUCCAAACCAGGUUCUAAACUUAUUUGAGAAAGAUAUUUUAGACAAAACUGUUAGACAUUUCCCUGUGACACAGCGUCUAGAUUAUUAUUAUGAAAUUCCGUCAAACAUUGAUAUGACGAAUAACGACAUGCAAUUCGAUAGUUCUGUUAAGACUGCACUGCUAAUCAUGUGUAAUGAUGCUAUGUUCAAACCUCAAACGGUAAAAGACAAUGAAUCAGAGUUUAACCACCUUGUAAUGAAGGCGAAGUACACCGAUACAAUUUUAAAUUUGAAGUCACGAGAUUUGGUACAUGAAUCACAUAUGAAUGAAGAUGAAGGAGUGUACGAUCCUUUAUUCAUGUUUCCAUUGUUAAGUCAUCUACUAGCGCCUGGGUCAGCAGCGUCCUGCUUCAAGCUUCUAAGGACAGGACUACUGUCAGUGCCAAUCGUGGCGCUAGGUUCUCACUGUCAAUUGAUGAGAGCUGCGGCCUAUCACGUGUUGCACAGAUUCUGCCUGCUCCUGGAAACAGAGACGAGACACAAAAACGACAAGUUGUUCCUGACCGAUUUUAUUAGCACACUUCGUCAAAGUCUAUCGACUGCCAUCCAAAAUGGCGAAGAAUCAAUGGGAGAUUUAAGAAAUCCGCGAUUACCUGCAGUAUGUGCUUUGUAUCUGGCCAAAGCUCUUAUGACAUCCACAGCGCCUUCCGAUCCUCUGUACAAACCUGUGAAUAACUUCUUCAUUGCCAAACAAAUCGUAGAUUUGACUGUCAUUCCAGAUUUCCUAAGUCUUUUCCACGAUAGUGACGUAGAAGCUGCGGAAAGAAGAGCUUGGAUUUUAGACAUCAUUAGAGACGGCACAAAAACAAUGACAGACGUAAACGUGGUAUUUAAAACUAUGUGUCUAAAGAUGAUUAUGGACUUCAGUUCUUCUGUGUUGACAGAUAGAAAAAUGUUAGAGAAAAUUUUAAGUGCGUUAACUUCUAUAGUUGCAAUACCAAAAGCAUUUGAGAUUUUGGUGGAAGGCUAUGGGUUAAUAUCAUGGUUGCAUUCAAUAGUAAGACACGUACGGGCAGAAGACAAGGCAUUAAUAAAGCCAGUGUGUCAUCUUAUAGAAAGCUUCUUACAAAGUAUGCUAGUGAACUCAUUUGCUAGGAACUUAAAUAGCGUCGCCAAAAACGGAAAACCGAUUGAAUUUUCAGAACUAAAAGUUAACAAGGACGUGGAAAAUGAGAUUUUGAAUAUUUUGUAUGAUUUGUUGCAACGUAUGGACGGUUUGGAAAGCGAAGAUGUUGCUUUAUAUGUUAAUGUCUAUAAAUUGUUUUCUAAAAGAGCUAUUAAGGUGUUGUCAAAAAAGCAAAUGUUGAACUUGAUACGUAGAAUUGCUAUUUUUGACAAAGAAAGUGAUGGCGUGAGUAUAUUGACAAAAGCCGUAGAAAGGAACAAUGAUUGCUUACUAAGAAGUAAAAAUUUGCAAACCGAAGAGCCCUUCGUAAGUUUAACUAGUAUUGUAUGGAAAUAUCUUGCGUGA